CUACGACAUUCCUAUCCCUCCAUUUUUCUCCAAAGCAGAGCGAAACUUGUUUUAGAAAGAAAGAGAGAAAAUGGCAACAAGUGUGGCAGGAGUGAGCAGCCUCUCGACCCCGAGAGUGUUUACCAGGGCGGCGGAGACACCCAAGGCUAUUAAGCCAGCUGUGGUGAGCUUCGGAUACUCAGUUGGGCAGGUGGGUUCGGGUCGGAUGAGGAUGAUCCGACCCGUGGCAGCUGCUCCGGAUAAACUAUCGGAGAAGGUGCAGGAGAGCAUCAAGGAGGCAGAGCAGGCUUGCUCGGAGGACCCUGCCAGCGGGGAGUGCGUGGCGGCAUGGGAUGAGGUUGAGGAGCUGAGCGCGGCGGCGAGCCACAAGCGCGACAACGAGAAGAACAAGGACCCCUUGGAGACUUACUGCGCCGACAACCCUGAAACCGACGAGUGCCGUACUUACGAUAACUGAUGAUGGGUGUUGAUAAGGUUGUCUGUGAGCCGGUUCCGGUCAUGUUUUAGAUUUCAUAGUAUUCUACUUUGUUUCGUUUUAUGUUAAACACUAAAUUGAAGCUGUUAUCAGACUUUCGCUGUUUUAUUAAAUAUAAUGAAGACGAUGAAUGAUACAGUACAUAUAAUGGUGAUUAUUAAUUUGUUUGCUUCUGAUUAUUAUAGAUAGAAGCUUUUCUUA